AUGAAGUGUGGAGAGAAUAGAGUAUGCGCAGACCUUAUUCCUACCGAAGAUAGAGAUAUUCGAAUUCAUCAUGAUGGAAAAAAAGUUGAGGCACAAAUAGAGGAAUUAGCACAAAAGGCAAAGGAACAAAGCAUUAGAAGAAAGAGUGUUAAAUUUAAAGUUGUAGCUAAUGAUGAAGAGAAAAAGGAAGAAAAGAGAAAAGAAAUGGUGAUGAAAAAAGGUGUGGUGAGGAUUAGGGUAGUGGUGACACAAGAAGAAUUGAAACAAAUCUUGAAUGGGCAAAUGGAUUUUUCUUCAAAAGAUGAUUUUUUGAGAAGAAUAAAGGCAGCAAGUAAAGAUAGAACUACCAAAAGCAAUAUCAGAAGAAGAUUAUGUGAAGAUGGAUUAUUUUCUAAUGGAAAAAUGAAUAGUAUCACAAGUUGGAGGCCUGUUCUUGAGAGCAUUCCAGAGGAGCAUUAA